GUUUCUAUAUAAAGUCCCAUAUCAAGGCUCAAUUUGAACCCCCACAAACACAUUCAUUCUGUUUUUACUUGUGUCCAAAUCAAAGAUUUGGAAAUAUGGCCAAACCAAAGACAACACUUUUGUUUGCCAUCCUAUUCUUUGCCCUAAUAAUGGAGAUGGAGAUCCAUGUGGGAGGGCGCUUCAUGGUUCAAGCUCAAAAGAUUGAUUGCGGGUCCAAGUGUGAAUAUCGGUGCAGCAAGGCAUCAAGACACAAGAUGUGCAUAAGGGCAUGUAACACAUGCUGUGAGAGGUGCAAUUGCGUCCCUCCGGGAACUUCCGGCAAUGAAGAUGUUUGCCCUUGCUAUGCCAACAUGACCACCCAUGGCGGAAGACACAAAUGCCCUUGACAUAUAUAGACCUACAUCAGUCAAGUUGUCUUUGGAUAUAUAUAUAUAUAUAUAUAUAUAUAUAUGUAUAUACAUACUAGAAUAAAGAGAGGUGUUUUUAAUUAGUUAUAUAUAUAGAUAUAUAUGUUGACUUGUAUGAAUUGAUGUAAUACUGUUGGUCCAUCGACCAGCUAUAUGAAAUUGUCACUAAAUAAAUUUGUUUACGCUCA